AUGCAGCCCACCACCCCUCGCCCCACCGCUCUCAUCAUCGGCGGCAGCUCCGGCAUCGGCCUGGCCUGCGCCCGUCUCGCUGUGCGCCGCGGCGUCUCCGUCAUCCUCGCUUCCCGCACUGAGGCCCGUCUCGCCGACGCCCAGCGUCUUCUGCAGGAGCAUGCCGCCAAGGGCGUUGUCGUCGACGUCUGCGUCGUCGACUUAGCCAACUGGGGCGACUUCACCAAAUCUCUCAUCGCACGCAUUCAGAACAUGCCCGACGACGCCAACAUUGUCCAUCUCAUCAAUGCCGCCGGCAUCUUUGCCCCGAAGCCUUUCGUCGAUUGCACGGAAGAAGACUACGAUGUAAGCCCGCCUGAACCUCCUGCACCCACAUCGCUCUUUCCACGAUACGCCACCAUACUCACAAUUUCUUCUCCACCAACCCUAUGCUUCUCUCGCGCAGUCGUACCAAGCCCUCAAUCGCGCCACCUACUUCGCCACACAAGCCGUCGCCAAGCACAUGAUCUCGCGCGGGGCGGGCGGCAGCAUCGUCAACAUUGGCUCCAUGUGGGCCAAGCAGAGCAUCAAGGCCACGCCGAGCUCGGCCUACUCCAUGGCCAAGGCCGCGCUGCACUCCCUCACCCAGACCCUCGCCCUCGAGCUCGCCGACCAUCGCAUCCGCGUCAACGCCGUCGCCCCGGCCGUCGUGCAUACUCCCAUUUACAAGGCCUUCAUCGAAGAGGACAAGGUCGAGGAUACCAUGCGCUCCCUCGACUCCAUGCAUCCCAUCGGCAGGGUCGGCGUGCCCGAGGACGUCGCCAAUGCCGUCGACUUUUUAUUGGAUGA